AUGCUGCUUCUCCUGCUCAGCUGUCUCCUGCCCACUGCCAAUGGGAAGAACUGCCUCCAGUGCUGGCCAGAGCUGCCUGCAAUGAUAGAUUAUGACCUGCAGAUUCUUUGGGGCACCCCAGGGCCUCCUACAGAGCUCUCCCAAAGCCUCCACUCCCUAUUUCUGGACAGUCAUGCCUUCCUUGAAUCCUGGUAUCUUGGUCAAGACCAUUUGGAGGAAGCAGCAGGAACAUUAUUCACUCACAUAGAUAAAGCCAUUAAGAAGUUUCGAGAUGAUAAACCGUCACUUCUGGAAGAGGUUCGCGUUCUGAAGCAGCAGUUUUCCAAGCAGCUGGAGGGCCUAUCUGAGGGGCUGAAGGAGAAAGACAUCCGCUCCACCCUGGAGGUCAUCAACUGUGCCAACUGCAAGAUUCACUUCCUUACCUGCCAAGACCCCACUCUCUGUCCAGCAGGCACCCCGAGGAACUUCGUGUGGGCUGUGAGUCUCGGCAUUGCUCUGCCCCUGGCAGCCCUGGCUGGAGAUGUUACAUUUUCUGGCUCGAGAAGAAGAAGAAAAAGAAGGAGCAGGAGGAGGCAGAAAAGGUCCUGGGGCAUCCAGAACUCCCAAGGAGGGGCAGCUAUGUCGGAAUAUUACCAACACGCCCCCCUUGCCCUCUGCUUCCUGGUUGGGUUUAGCCAGCAGGAGUCCACUGCAGUGCUGCUGGGUUCCAUGACCCAGCUCCUAAAACAAGGCUUCCUGUCUCCUUUUGCCCUGCUGGAGCUCCCUCCUCAGAGCUGGUGGCCGGGCUGGAAGCUGUCUGACUUCAGCAUCACCAUCUGGCAGUAA